AUGCUGCUCCCGACGCUGGUGACGUGCCUCGCCGGGUGCGCCUUUCUCCUCUCGCCGGUCAGCGAGGGCUGCGGGCCGGGUAGAGGCUACGGCAAGAGACGGUCACCGAGGAAGCUGGCGCCUCUCGCCUACAAGCAGUUCAGCCCUAACGUGGCCGAGAAGACUCUGGGAGCCAGCGGGAGGUACGAAGGGAAAAUUACCCGGAACUCUGAGCGCUUCAAGGAGCUCACCCCCAACUACAACCCUGAUAUCAUCUUUAAGGAUGAGGAGAACACAGGUGCAGACCGCAUGAUGACUCAGGUAACCCUCCCGGCUGCCGUAGUGCAGCUCUGUCUCAUGUUUUCAGCAGCUGAACCUGCGUAAUUAGGACAUAUUUCAGUGAAUCUCUGAGUGCACUUUGCCCGGUCUUUAAACGCGUGGAAGCUGUUAUCUUUUUUCCGCAUUUCUUGUUGACUGAAGGCUCGUCACUGUAAAAAUGAGUCUUCACAGACCAAACUGUGAUUUUAUCUCAUUUUUCAGAGGAAUCUGAAUUACAAUUCCCAAGAUUUAACACACCUUAUUAGUUCUUUUCAAACUGAACAGGUAGAUCCUGACACUGUCACUUGAUCUUGAUCACAGCAGCCUCUCUGGAGAUUCAUCUGACCUUCUUCUAAUCUGCAGUUUCUUUCUUUUUCUCAAAUGAAAACAGCUGAAAUAGAGAUUUUUCUGCGCUGCUCUUUGGAAAACUGAUUGCAAAAUGUUUGCACAGCUCAUUGUUGAGUCGAUUGUAGAAGCCCUGCAGCUGUUGACACAGCGAAGGUAGUUUCUGGAUUGUGUAGGUGAGCAGUCUGAAUCAGCUCUCCUCUUCGUCUCCAUAUGAACUUUCAGAGGUUCACUGUGGGCAGCUCGUGCGUAAAGAGGGCAACCCCGUCUAAAAAUGUCUGGAAAAGCGGUCGCUCUUAAUUAAAACACUAUGUCCUCUGUUUUACAUCAUGUUUUUGGUGGAAAAACAGCCAAAAGUCGUAUUUGGUUAGAGCUCGGGUCAAGCGUGUACUCAUGUUUACCGUUUUCUUUUUUAGCCCCGAUGGUCAGAGUUAACAGUCGCCUUUUGGACUGUCAGAAAUUUUUACGACACCGUCAUUGAUGUGGCCCCGGGUGGAAUUUAUUUGACUCCCAAUUUCCCCAGGAAUAACGUAUUUAUAUCUGGCCCUGGUGACCGCGGGCUUCCUCCCUGAGCGGCAGCGUUUAUGUCCACAGACCCACGUGGGGAAUGAAAGCGCGCACUCCAGUCUGGAGCUGUCACCUCGCUGCGCCGCUCUGUGCUCGCUGCAAGAAAUGUCCACUGGAGCUGGAUUUGGGUCCAAUACAGACAGUCUUGGAAUACCAGACAUGAGACUGAAAACAUAGUAGAUAAGUAAACUGAGUCAAUUCAAUCCGAUACAAACUUUGAUCCUUUUUACUCAAGGACAGCGAUGUUUCCCUCAUCUCCAGAGGGGUCAAGAUCACAAGCACAUUAAAACCCAGAGAACAGACAUUCAUAAUCAAUCACACAAAAUACCUUCCAAUCCAAAAAGUCACAGGCAAAAAAGUCUGAAAAGGGUAGGGGUGUCAUUUGCAAAGUUUGGGUGUAAUUCAUGAUUUAGAGACAUCCAAGAAAAUUGCUAAUAUACCGAGUUCAGGGUUGGCUGGAGAGACUUUAAGAAUGAGAGAAACGAGUCAUGUAGAAUCCAUAAUGCCACUCCAAAUGUUGUUUAAUGUAACAUGUGAGCAAGGGCUUUAAAAUCAUACAAAUAUGAGUCUUUGUUCACAGCCUCUCAGCCGCUUCUCACUGUACACACUCUACAUGAUGGUGUAGAAGUCCAGAUGCUCAAGAGUUUCAACUGAAGCAUGCACAUAAAUUAUAUCACCAUGAUUUAAAAUUGAUAUGAUCAGUGUAUGAUAAGUUCUUUUCCCACAUAACAUAACUGCAUUUAGUCAUUUUUUUCUGUGGCAACAGUGUGAACAUUAGACCCAAAUGUACAGUCUUUCUAGAGCCAUAUUCCAAGGAACCAUCCUCAGUCAUUCUCUCAAUUCUUCAUCCAUUUAUAUGCACAUUUUCAUAAGCAACAGAAAAUCGCACUCAAAGAUGGGCAAAGCAACCAUUCAGAGUGGACACGAUCACUGGAAACAUUUAAAAACAGUGGGCCCAAAACUGAACCUUGUGGCACACCUUGAUUAAUUAACCAAAACCCAAUUUGGCCUGAUCUAACACCAUGAUAUCUCUCAGGUAUCUGAAUCUAAAAAAGUAGCACAAUAAUUCCUCUUGUCCAAGUAGAUUUGAUGUUAUUUGUGAUUGAUGUAAAGCAUUUAAUUGUGCUUUGAUUGGGUCUGAAACCAGUCAUGUGUAGGAUAGGCCUGAGCUGUUAUUUAGAUUUAUUUCCAUGAACACAUCAACCUGAUAUUUUUUAAAUUCCCAAACAUCUUUUCUUUGCAAAACAUUGCCAACUUUCUUAUAAAAAGCACACCUCUUUUUGAGAGAUUAUACCGGUGCUCUUGGACUCUGAUAUGUGAAGUCCAGUCACCUUUUUAGGUGAAACUAAAUCAGGACUUUUUUUGCAGUGCGCAGCCCGAGCCGCAGCCCCGCUCACAAUUUAUGAGCUCCAAGCCGCAGCAGACAGCCUCCUGUUUAUCUUUAACUAUCCCGUGUUACUUUUUGUUUGUUUUCGCAGCGCACAUGUGCAGAAAUAGCCCACUUCACUUGUGUUGAAGCCUUAAUUAUACACUUUUUCGACUCUUUAUUUUUUAUUCGCUUUUUCCUGGGCGCUGCGUGCUGCAUACAGACGCGACUGUUCGAGGGGGGAAACCACACUGUAAAAAGUGUCGCUCUGCACGUUUUAUUUGGCCUCGGUUGCUUCUUUGUUUUUACAAACACAUGAGAAGAAUCAGCCUACAGUUGUGCAAAAUUAUUUUAUCUCGUUUGCAGUUUUACCUUUUGUAGAUUUCUGUUCACAUGAUGCGUAAAAGUGGAUCUCCAAAGACGCAGAGACGCACAACCAGUGAAGAGAAGUUUACAAAUUAUUUGUGAUCAACAUGGACAAUAACAUAGACUCAUGACUGACUUUCUUUAGUCAGCUCACAAAACUCGACAUUUAAACGUCAGAUGAGACUACCUGCUCGGUUCAGAGGACAUUUCUUGCAGCGUAAAGGUGUGCAUAUAGUCGCAUGUUGUCAGCCCGCGCGUCCAAUGUUUGUGCAGCCAGCGGUUUAGGGCUCAAACCGCCGCUACAGAAACCCCCGUCGAUCUGUGUACCUUGAAAGGAAAACCAACAAAAUGUAUCGUCUGAUUUAUGGAGUCCAGCUCGUUGCCGUGACCGCAGAGAGAAAAUAUAAGACGUUAAAAUUCACAGCGGACACUGUGAAAAGGCAUCUGUGGGCCACCACACCACGAGCUAUUCUUAUCACAGGCAACAUGGAAAAAGACGUUUAUAGAGUUUAAUCCCACUUUUCACUCAAAUAGGCCGAGAUUCAUGAAACGCUGCAUCACUGAGACGCUUUCAGGGGCUGCUGGGAAAUGACAAGACGUCCUGCAGUCCUGCUGCCCCUGAUUUAAUGAGACUUUAGUGACUGUUAGUUUACUUUAUUUGGCCUGCCAGUCAAGUGGAAUAAAACCAACAUCCCUCAUUGAAGCAUUUAUGAAGUGUAAAAGGUUCCUACUUUGACCUUUAAUUGACCAGAAACUGUUACUUGACCAAAUGGAAGCAGAUUUUCAGAGGAUAAGGGUAAAAAAGUUGAAGUUUAAUGAAAAAAAAGUCAGUAAAGUGUAGGCUUUAUUGAAUCAACUCUUCUCUGAUAUCAUGAAGAAAGUUCAUCAUUUCAGAAAGACUGAAAACAGAGGAGGAUAUUCAAGUUGAAGUUUUAUAAUUACAAAAAGAAAAGUAGAAUUCAGGGUGUCUGAAUACUUUUAUUCAUGUGGUAUAAUUUUACCACAAAUGGACUUUUAUGUUGCAAAGUACAUUUCUGUGGCUCCUCCAUUAACAAAUGGGAAUGUAAUACUUUACUGUAUCCAUCUUUCUGUAGCGCUGUAAAGACAAGCUGAACUCUCUGGCCAUUUCGGUGAUGAACCUGUGGCCCGGGGUCCGGCUGCGGGUCACAGAGGGCUGGGACGAGGAUGGCCAUCACUCUGAGGAAUCGCUGCACUACGAGGGCCGGGCUGUAGACAUCACCACCUCAGACAGAGACAGGAACAAGUACGCCAUGCUGGCACGACUGGCAGUGGAGGCCGGGUUUGACUGGGUCUACUACGAGUCCAAAGCCCACAUCCACUGUAGCGUCAAGUCAGGUGAGGCAGGACAGAGCAAAGCCACGGGAUUGUUUUUUUGUAAUGGAUUUGUCUUCCAGAGUGCCUGCUGAAAGUCAGAAAAUGUCUCAGGAUUUGACGUUGGGGAUGCUACUACUCACUUUUAAUAUAUUACUAAUCAAACUGCAACAAUCCUAAUGAGAAGCUUUGGAAGACGGUGUGUUUAUUUUUCUGAGGUAUCAAAUCCUCAGCCCUACAAAUAACAUCUGGAUACAAAAUUUAGCUGUGUUUUUUAGAGUGAAGGGAUCCCAAAAUCUUAAACGCUAAUGUCUAAACCACUUCUGCCAGCUAUUUUUCUUUCAAACAUAUAUUUUUCUACUUCUUCUAUCUCUGAUCACUAACUGUCUUCUUGCUUGCAUCUUGGAAUAUAAGAGUACCUGCAGACUCUCUUAUAGUUCCCCUUUCCUGUUUCUCUCUCAGCUGCCACUCACCCCAUGUUCCCAGAGGUCAGGUCAGAGGCCACAUCAGGUGUAAAUAUUUGCUUUUGGACCUUUUUUUUGCUUUUCUCACAAGGAAGCUGGCUUGCCUUUACUUAAUACAACCAAAUCCAUAUUAUUUUAGAAGAGGAAAAUGGUCACAUAAGGAUAAAUAUGGGCCAUUUGUCAAAACUAUGAAUAACUGCAUCAGAAAAUAUCUAGUUUAAGAAACGGGACUCAAGCUUACUUCUCAAAUGAGAAGAUUUUGGGUCAGUUUUGUUUAAUUUUCUCCUUAUUUUGACACUGAAAUAUCAGUAACUAUUCACAGUUUUCCUUUAGAGAAACACAGAAAGUAUAAAAUAUACUUUUACUCUUUAUUUCUUGCAACUCAAGAAAGUAGAAAGUCAGUAAGGUGACUUUUGAACAUGUUUCCUGAACUGUGCAGAUUUACUAAGUCUCUAAUCCUUCCUCUUUAUAGUCCAGUGGGAUACUUGGCUUCGACUUUUAUAUUCUUAACAAGAAUUUGUCUCCUCUUGUUGUAUUAAAACAGCCGACGUUCACAUAUUCACCACGAGGUUCACCAUGUUCAGUUUCAACUCUGUACAGUUUGCAGCGAUCAUAUAAAAAGUAACACACGUGUGCCAUUUUGAAGUGGACUUUCAGUUGUGUUAUAAGUCUCACAGUCUUGUAAAAAUUCAUCAGAAUUUAAACACCCACCCUAGACAUUUUACACUGAGUGGUAACCGAGGUUUUCCUUUUCUUUUCCCCCUCUUUCUUUCUUUUCCCUUCCUUUUUCCUUCUCUACUCCCCUCCCAGAUCGGGUUGCGAGGGCCCAGUCCUUGACUUGAUCAGAAGGGCAACCAAUCAAGUUGGUAUUUUUUUUUUUUUUAUCUUUUAUUUCUUAAUUCCUUUUUUGUUUUGAUUUGUCUUUUUAGUUUUCUUGUUUUGUCCCCCCCGAAGUUUCUGGAAAGAAGGCAAAAAGACAAAACAACAACAAGAUUUUGGAGAGAUUAAUCCAGCCAGUUGAUUAAAAUAAAAAAAUGAAAAGAAGUUGUGAUCAUACCAAAAAAUCCCAGUGAAGCAGGUAGUCUGUAGUCAGAAUGAGGACCAACCACUAGAGGACAGCAAAGCAACAAGACUCUAUGGAUGAUGCACAGGGCUGAGAAGAGGAGCAAAGAUGGAGUUGUGUUAUGUUGAAACAAGAAGACUAGUGAGACAUAUUUACCUCAGCCUGCAACUCUUUUACACAAACAACAUGAAAAUCAAGGGGUUUUUUUUUUUUUAACUCUUUACUCUCCAAAGCAACAUUCUGAAGGAAUUUGUUCAUCUUCAGUAAGAAUAUUGUUGAAUAUGGUGUGUUCAGUAUUGAGGAAAGAGUUAACCUGCUGUUGUGCGUCUCUCUUGGUUUGUGGUUUCUGAUUUUUCUGUGCUGGUCCUCCUCUCACCUGGCCUUGGCGUUUCUUACCUUCUCCAAAUAUUUAUGUUCGGAUUGACUUGAGACACAUAGAUGUACUCACUCACUCACACACACACACACACACACACACACACACACACACACACACACACACACACACACACACACACACACACACACACACACACACACACACAAAUCAGUUUGAUAGUGGGUUUAGACAGUAAAUAUAAUUUAUUUUUAUUUCGAAUAGCUUUAUUAUUAAUUUUAUGAUAUAAUAUAAUAUAGUAUAAAUUAAUGAAUUUAUUAUUAUAUAAAUGUAUUAAUAUAUGAAUUUGAUACUAUAUAAUAAAAUAUAAUAUAAUAUGUUGUAUGAAUAUAAUAAUAUUAUUAUUAUUUAUUUUACUAUUUUGUGUUGUAUUUAGAGUACAUACUUGUAUAUUAUCCCUUUAUUUUUACUUAUUUUAACUAUUAUUUAUCUCCUCUUUCUACUUUAUUUGCACUGGAGUUACUGUAAUGAAAAGCAGUUUCCCCCCUCAGGAUUAUCUAAGUAUUUCUGAUUUUGAUUCUGAUUUGUUUUGUUGUAUUUUGGAUCCACCAUUAGUUACAACAAAAUAUGCAGUAACUACUCUUCCUGGAGUCCUUAUCUUCUUUUCCAUUUUCAUUUUGAACUUAGACAUGUACUUACAGACAUUACACUUCCAUAACAUUCAUUCUACACUUCAUUCAUUCAAGAGCUCUUAUUCUCUCUUGCUUGUUUAUUGAAAAUAAACCAAUAUAUAAAUAAGUUGAAGAAAGUUGCAUACUUCAUGAAUACUGUAAUCCUGUUUAACCUCCUCUUUUCUCUUUCUCUCCCUCUCUCUCUCCAAAGAUCACUCAGUGGCAGCUAAGUCUGGAGGUUGUUUCCCAGGUGAGGCCACAGUCACGUUGGAGGGCGGCGGCCACAAGUCCAUCAGAGACCUGCAACCCGGUGAGCGAGUCCUAGCCUCAGCCGGCAGUGGGAAACUGGUGUACAGUGAGGUCCUGGCGUUCUUGGAUUAUGAUCCUACGACCUGGAAGCUCUUCUACACGCUGCAGACAAAAGCUGGCGCCCGCCUCUCGCUCACUGCCGCCCACCUGCUUUUUGUGACAGAAGGGAACUGCUCAGAGGGGGCGGGGCUUGCACCAGGAGCCCUCAGGACUGUGUACGCCAGUGACGCCCAGCCGGGACAGUGCAUGCUGGUGUCAGAGGGUGAAACAGGACAGAGCCGACUGUCUCAUAUCACCCAGGUCAGUGUGAGAGGGAGCAGGGGGGCGUUUGCACCGUUGACCCAGCAAGGAACACUGGUGGUAGAUGGGGUGGUGGCGUCUUGCUAUGCGGUGCUGGACCAGCACUCCCUGGCUCACUGGGCCUUCUCUCCGCUCCGCCUGAUCUACAGCUGGACUGGAUCCACUGGGAGCGAUAGAGAUGGUGUCCACUGGUACGCCAGACUUUUACACUGGCUGGGCAAGAUGCUGCUGGGCUCAGGCCGCCUCCACCCUAUGGGCGUGGCACAGGAUGACAGGUGA